UAAAAAAUGAUUUAAAAAUGAUUUUUCGAGGUUUUAAGCGACAGCAACAAAUAAGACAAUUCUGCGGCGGAAGACACUUCAACACAUGAUUACGGAGGAAGAAAAAAGAAAAAGAGAAAAAAAGGAUAAGAGCGACUCUAAAUUCUAAGAGAUCGAAGGAAUAGGAUCAGGCUCUCUGCUUUAUUGCCAGACAUGCCGCCGCGAAUUUAUUGCUCCACACGGAGCUGCGUUAGUAGAACGCUCCAAAGGACGACAAGCUCGACGAGACCUACAGCUGCCAUAUCUCAGACCUCAAGAAUCAUUUCGAGGAAUUAUGCAAGUGCACCUACGUCCACAGUACCACUUUCCUCCUUGAAAUUACCAGACAACUAUGUACCCCCGACACAACCACCCAGCGCACGACGUCCCGAUCAGCGAAAAUCCCAGCUCCUUAGGUCCUAUACGGCCAUGCUCCGUGCGACUCCGCUUAUGCUAUUCUUCCAACAUAACAACGUCGCUGGCGUAGAGUGGGCCGCAAUCCGGCGUGAAUUGCGCGCGGCCUUGGCCAGCGUUCCGGGGCCUAUCAUAGGCCCUCCCGGCAGCGAACCCGUGGACCUCUCGUCUCAUAUAGAGCUGCAAGUGCUUCGUACACGUAUGUUCACCAUCGCCCUGAAGAUUGUCGAAUUCUUCAAGCCCGAAGAUUAUAAGGGCGCGUCCAACGCCUACACACACGACCUGUCUGCGACAGCUUACGAAGCCAUAUCCAAGGCUGCCAUAGAAGAAACAUCUGUAUAUGCGCAGAUUAGCCCGUUGCUUAUCGGACCCACCGCUGCCGUCUCUCUCCCAAUUGUAUCUCCGGCUCACCUAGCGGCUGUGCUAUCUGUUCUUUCUCCCUCGCCACCGGCCUUCCCAGCGCCUACGAGGAAGAAGAGACCGGGAUAUUAUGAGCCGACGGUACAGAAUGGACUGCAGAAGUUAGUUCUGAUUGGCGGCAGGAUAGAAAGCAAGGUGUUCGAUUACGAAGGCGUUAAGUGGGUUGGUGGAAUCGAGGGCGGAGUAGAUGGCCUGAGGUCGCAACUCGUUGCCAUGCUGCAAAGCGCCGGUCUAAGCCUUACGACAGCGUUGCAAGGCCACGGUAAGGACCUUUGGCUGUCGUUGGAGAGCAGGCGGAUACAGCUUGAUGAGCAGGCAAAUGGGGGGGCCAAGAAAGAGGAAGAGGGCAAGGGAGAAGAGAGCAAAGAAAGCACAUAGGUUAUGCGAUACAUUUGAAGUGAUAGAAAGUAUAGGAACCUAUAUUUAUGAGGCUAGACACCUACAUAUAACAACUAUCGAUGAAUGUAUCCAUAUAAUAGGUACCUACGUAACUUACACAUGUGACGUUUAAUCAAUGUUGAGCUGCC